AUGCUCGACUCCGAGCUGUACCCACGCGGCGGGGACACUCAUCAUGGGCAGCACGGACAUCAUCACCAUCACCACCACCAUCAUCAUUACAAAUCGCCGCACCACCGCCACUACCACUCGCCCUCGCCCCAUCACCACCAUGGAGGUGAGCGGGAACGGGAGAGGGAGCGGGAGCGUGAACGGAAGUCACGGUCCUCCCCGCGUCACCACCAUCUCCAGCACAGCGAUGGUGAGCGGCUCAAGUAUCAGAAUGCGUUCAGCAGCUCGGUUGGGAAUGUGGCCAACGGCGGGGCGGCGUCCUCGUCGUCGGAGAAGUCGUCCUACUACAAACUCUACCCGCACCAGCAGCAUAUCCUGACCGGCUCCGGUUCCGGUGGUGGCGGAGGAUACUUCGAUCUGAGCGACAAGCUGGACAGCCUACAUCUGGGCGGAAGCAGAGGGUCGGAGAAGGGCAGCAGUCUGAUCAGUGGGAGUGGCGGGAGUGGCAUAAGCGCUGGUGGUGAUAGCAACAACAACAAGCAUCACCACCUCCACAACACGUCCGGAGGGAGUCCGGGAAGUGUCCUGAGUGACGCAACGACGGCCGCCGGAAGUGGAAGCAAUGCGAGCGGGGCGAGCAGUAAGAAGCGCACGAUAGUGCUGGUGGGGGACGGCAGGAGCCGGGUGAGGCGGGUGGUGCGAACACAGACGAGGCAGAUCACGGUCGUGAGCUAUUCGGGACGCAAGAAGGAAACGGAAACACAUACCAGCCAUCAUGCGACGAUAGUCAGUUUCCCACAAAAAAUCGAUCGCCCGGCGCAGAUCUACUCCACACACCAUCACCAUCCGAGCGGUGGCAGUGUUGCCAGCGCCAGUGGCAACAAUGGCUUGUGCGGCUCGGUCGGUGGCAGCGGCGGCUCGUCCGCCGCCAGCUACGUGUACGUGCACCAGCAGCCCCAGCACCCGCACCAGCAGCAGCAGCUUUCCGCAUCAGCACACCAGCAGCACUACGUGUCGCCGCAGCAGCUCACCUACCAUCUGCACUCGGCCACCGGCGGCACCGGCAACAACGGCUACCACCAUCACGGCUCGCACCAGAACAUCGCGACACCGACGCUGCACAAGAAGGGCUCCAUCCGCAGCAAUGGCGAUGUGCUGAAGCGGACACGUGUGCAAAAUGCGUAUGAACUGUCGCAGGAUCUGUUGGACAAGCAGAUCGAACUGUUGGAGCGCAAGUACGGCGGAGUGAAGGCACGAAACGCGGCCCUUACGAUUCAGCGCGCCUUCCGCCACUACACGAUGGUGAAGAAGUUUGCCUCGAUCACGGCGAUGGCUAAGGCGGAGAAACGCAUGAGCCGUAGGGUGCAGCAACAACAGCAGCAGCAGCAGCAGCAGCAAGGCGGUGAGCUGGACAUGAUCCAUCACUCGCACCAUCAGCUGGAGGAUGGUCAGAUCUAUGCUACCGAGGACGGUACCAUGGUUGGCCAGCAACGUGUCUGUGCGACAAUUUCUGCGACACCUCCCGGAACGUUGCAUCAUCGGGUAACGCCCGUUCGUUCGAUGUCGCUACGGGAACGCCGUAUGGAUUCGAGCCCGAUUCCACGCAGCCAAUCCGGAACGGCCUCACCCGCACCGGCUCCCAUCACCUCGUGGAGUCAGAGCCCAACCCAAAUGGUCACGGGAACCGCAUCCCAGCAACAACAGCAACAACAGCAACAGUACUCUCAUCCACAUGUCAACAUCCUCCAUCAACAGCAGGCGCAACUGCAGGCCGCACAACAAGCACAACUUGCCGCCGGUUACGGCUAUGCACCGGUGGGUGUGUCCCCGUCGCCCCAGGCCUCGUUACAGCAUGCGGCCGCCCUGCAUCACCAUCAGCAGCAGCAGCACCAGUACCAAAGUCAGUACGGAUCGCAAGAUUUGAACGUGAGCGGAGCGAGCAGUAGCUCCCAGCUGGACUCGACCGUGUCGUCGAUGAACCUGUCGUGGAACUCGCAGACGGCCAGCACGCACCAAAGCCCGUACACGCCGCACUACACGGCCGCCCAGAUCUACAUGCGCCCGCGCGGUAUCGGAAUCGGCAGCUCGGGUGGCAGCAGCGGAAGCACGUCGAGCGCCAGUGGACGCAAAGUGCCGCCGGAGGUGCCGAAGCGCACGAGCAGCAUCACGGGACCGGGAGGAGCGGGUCAGCACACACCCAGUCGUUCGCUGCGUCCGAACGGAUUGUGCAAGACGGCGGAGAACGGAAGUCUCAGCUCGGUGCAGUCUUCCGGCAGCGAUUCGUCGGCGUCGGCGGAACGUGGUCUCGCGGGGGUUAGCAUUGGGCCGGAGAUCGGCUCGGAUCGGUCGAGUUCACCGCAGUGGAAGCGCAAGGGCCCCGGCAGCAGCCAGAGUGGAAGCAUCCCGAUGCUGCCGGCCCAAUCGCCCGAUCAUAUGCUGAUGAGUGCAAGCAGCACGGAGGUGGCGCAGGUGGUGGUCGCUGGCAGAUCCCUCUCGAGCACCUCGGUCACGACGGCCGGCGGUGUAACGGCGUCGACGGGUGGAGGCGUAAGUGCCAACGCCACCAUCGCCAGCAUCGAAAGUGAAUGCCUCAGCUCGCACACGAGCGCCGCCCAGUACUCGAUGGAACAGCACGAUCAGAUCGUCCACACGCCGACCAGCUACAAGGUGUCGGAGACAAUCCGCAAGCGGCAGUACCGCGUCGGGCUGAACUUGUUCAACAAGAAACCGGAGCGCGGAAUCACCUAUCUCAUCCGGAAGGGCUUCCUCGAGAACACACCGCAGGGCGUCGCCCGCUUCCUGAUCUCGCGCAAGGGUCUCUCGCGGCAGAUGAUCGGCGAGUACCUGGGCAACCUGCAGAAUCCGUUCAAUAUGGCGGUGCUGGACUGCUUCGCCGGCGAACUGGACCUGUCCGGCAUGCAGGUCGAUGUGGCGCUGCGCAAGUUCCAGGGCUACUUCCGGAUGCCGGGUGAGGCGCAAAAGAUCGAACGGUUGAUGGAGGUGUUCUCGGCCCGCUACUGCCAGUGCAACAGUGACAUCGUGUCGCGGCUACGCUCGCACGACACCGUGUUUGUGCUGGCGUUUGCCAUCAUCAUGCUCAACACGGAUCUGCACACGCCGAACCUGAAGCCGGAGCGGCGAAUGCGGUGCGACGACUUCAUCAAGAACCUGCGUGGCAUCGACGAUUGUCACGACAUCGAUCGGGACAUGCUGAACGGCAUCUAUGAGCGGGUCAAGGCGAACGAGUUCAAACCCGGCUCCGAUCACGUGACGCAGGUCAUGAAGGUGCAGGCAACGAUCGUAGGCAAGAAGCCGAACCUGGCGUUGCCCCACCGGCGGCUCGUGUGCUACUGUCGCCUGUACGAGAUUCCGGACAUCAACAAGAAGGAACGGCCGGGCGUACACCAGAGGGAGGUGUUCCUGUUCAACGAUCUGCUCGUCAUCACGAAGAUCUUCAGCAAGAAGAAGUCCUCCGUCACGUACACGUUCCGCAACAGCUAUACGCUUUGUGGAAUGGUCGUUACACUGCUCGAUGUUCCAAACUAUCAGUUCUGCAUCCGCCUGUCGCAGAAGGUCGACGGCAAGGUGCUGGUAACGUUCAACGCUCGCAACGAGCACGACCGGUGCAAGUUCGCCGAGGAUCUGCGCGAGUCGAUCAGCGAGAUGGACGAAAUGGAGACGCUUCGCAUCGAAGCCGAACUCGAGCGGCAGAAGUCGGCCCGCGGAACCCGUGCCAACAACAGCGAGAACCGCGACAGUGGCGUCGCCGACGUGGAGGUGUGCGCCGGCCAGUACCCGCCCGGCAGUGGUACGCUCGGUGCGCUGACCGGUGUCGGCGGGGUCUCGCCGAACGAGUGUGGACUCGCGCACACCCACAGCGAGGCGCAGCUGAAGCGCAGCGCCCUCAGCAACUCGCUCCUCGAUAUGCACGAACAAUUUGGCAAUGAAAAACCGCAACGCCGUGGUAGCGUCGGCUCGUUAGAUAGUGGAAUGUCGAUAUCAUUUCAAUCCACCUCCGCAAGCACUGGCUCACGUAGCGAUAUCAAAGUACGAAUGCUCCCGCAUAGCAACACCUCCGGUCAGAUAAUCAUGCAUGCCGGGCAGCAUCCCGCUGCCCUCAUGGGUGCCAUCUAUCAUCAGCAAAUCCAUCACCAUCAACAGCACCAGCAGUCGCAGCAGGCGUCGCAGCACCAUCAUCAUCUGCAUCCGGCGGUGGCCCCUUCCACCGGAGUGAUCGUUUCGGUGGGUCCAUCGGUGUCCUCUCAGCAGGCAGCGGCAGCACCACCGGCUACUACCAACCUGCACCAUCCGCAUACUGCUGGUCCUGGUCCUAUGAUGUCGCAGCAUCCGCAUCAGCAUCCGCACCCGCACCAGCUCCUGAACAACGGCAACAUCACCGGGGCCGCAGUGACCACUACCACCAUCAUCCCGAGCAACAGCAGCAGCAACAGCAACAGCAGUGGAGCUAUACGGCGCGAGCGGAAACCCUCCCGUACCGAAGAUGCCGCUACGGUAGCAGCUCUAACAGCCAGUGCGGGAGUCUCUAGCGGCACCUCGGCCCCGGGGGCCCCUCCCAGCGGCGCUGGUGCGCCCUCGACCGGCGGCAACUAUGGUCGCUCGACGGAAGUCUAAGCGAAGCGCAACUGAAGCAGCAACAGCCUGAGCAGAUCGUUGCCAUGGAGUCGUUCUCCACCACCGUCUCAACGGCCACCUUGAUCGAUAUACGUUAAGCUGCUAAGGAAUGCGACUCGCAUCAACAGGAGUACUUUAAAUUUCACCUUCCUCCAGAGCCUCCUUUGGAGCAGCUGUAUUUUAUAUUUGUUGUAUCAUUUUAUGUGUACGAUUGUUUGAUUGUUUUUCCUUUUUUUGUAAAUACUAGUUCGUAGAGCGAAGAACGUGUUUCGAUUAAGAGAAUCUCUUCGGAAGGUGCCCGAAGUGUGUGAGAAGAAGAAAUGUUUGUUCUAUUUCUCAAAAACAAAUCCCUCCAAAGGAAAUGAUUCGAAUGAGGAAAUGAAAUUUGAAGCUCCCUGUUGAUCGCAAAACGGGAAACGUUAGCCUUAGAAGUAAAAAAAUCGAUCAACGGUGACAAGAAGUGGCCGUGGUGUGGGUUGCGAAUGGGUUUGCCCCUCUUCUACAGAACCUUUCGUUUACAACAUCCUGCCAUUUACCAACAUCCUUCGUUUCUUAAGGAUAACACAACAAAAAUAAGAGAAAAAACACACGUAUCCGUUCGGAAACCAUCUAGAUGUAGCCAAUGAUUUGUGAAGAGCGUUGGAUUAUUUGUUUCAGUUCCCUUUCUCUCGUUUAGAGCCUAGAAUAGAAAAGGAAUGCCAGUAGAGUACUUUUGUUUGAAAUUUUUCUUCGUUUGUCACACUGGUCACCCGCAACCAACAAACCACCAAUCUUUGUGCAUGGGGGUUUUCUCCUUCACUCAGUUCUAGUUCCUUUAGUUGGUAACAGCAAAAAAAUACAAUACAGCGUGUUUAAGUGAAUGGAGGAAAUAGAAUCGGUAGAAUUACAUGCGAUGAUGCAAAAUCAUACAAAAAAAUACUUGCAAGUAAUAUGCGACGGACUUCACUUGCAAACCAUAAGAAGGCCGUUCACUUCCCCCGCGAUGAAAAAACGAUAGAAAUUAUCUUCCCCGUGCCCAUCUUUACUCUACCCACAAUCACCACAAUCAUUCCUUCCGUUCAAUCGUGUAAAUAUAGUCGAACUAUAGUCGCGCGCCCCAUCAUUUACCGCUGAAAAACUAGCUAAACAUGUUACUACCGCUAAACGGAAUAUUACUACUACCACCACUACUACUAUUUCUACUACUGUUACUACCACAAACUGCUGCUACUACUAGCGUGCCAUCUUUUUAAAAAAGCAAAAGCCAAACAUCAUCUCGCUUCUGGUUCAACAUUUCAUCAAAAUUAUGUUAUUUCAACAAUCGGCUUGUAAUUGCUCCGGGGAUCGAAUGGUGGCAGUUGGAGGAGCAUGUCCUUCUAUGUGUGUGUGUGUGUAUGUUUGUAUGAGUGUAUGUCCCAUACUCACCCUCUUCUUCCGCCGGGGGGAGAGACCUCGGGCUCCAUUUACCUAAUGCUUUGCAUCUGGGUCUGCAAACCUUACAUCACGCUACAACCGAAAAAGAACAACGGGACAAACACCCCGGACCAAGUGGAAAACGUGGAAGGGGGGAGGGAAACAAAUCGUCAACAUUCAUCGAAGUCCGUUUUCUUGUCUUGAAAGUCUUGAAUACACAAUACAAUAAGCACACUAGGGAAUGUGGAAGGAACUUGAGGAAAUGAUAACGGAGGAGUUGAUUAAAACUAUACUAAGAAACGGAAUGCCCUGUAUAAUUUGUGUACCAUAUUUAAACACACCAGCGUCCGACGGAUAUGGUCCGACGUGUGGUUGUCUAGUAUUUUUACGUUUCUAAGAAGCAUCUUCCCUCUCGGUGUGCGUGUGCAUGUGUGUGUGUGCGUGUGAGUUUGUGAAUUUAUGGGAAGGAGGAAGAAGAACAAGUGCCCCGCGAAAGGAUGGGGAACAGGUGUCCUCGAACGGGGGGAUCGCGAAUCGAAUUGAUUGACCAAAAAAAAACAGUAAACCAAGGAGAGAGAAAUUAAGAAGUUGGACACAAAAGGUAUGAGGAUGUGUAGAGGACGAUUCCAUUGCACGAUACACGAUGGAAGUGAGAGAAGGGGGUCGUAGGGUGGGUUUGGGUGUGGUUCAUCACAAAAUAUGGAAUGGGGGGGGGGGGAAAGGAUAAGGAACAAAAAAAACACACACAGAACGGUGUAGACGAGUACACGGAUGACGGAAAUACAAGUAAUCUAGUCCUGUUCAAACAUAUAAACGUAAAACAAUAAUGAAGGUAAAUACUAAGAUGGAAGUGGGGUUACGAACUUAAAGAAUAAACGAAAAAUAAUGAAAAAUAAAAGUACACCUCUCUCACACACACCCCCCGCAGCAAAACACACAAAUAUACAUAAAAGAAAAAAAAACAUCACCGUAAAUAAUUCUAGUGUACUACAAAACAGCAAACAACCACCCACAACAAAAAAAACCAAGGUUAA